GAUCAUGAAGUAGACCCGGCUUAACGCUAAUAUAUGUGUAUUUGGACUGAAUGCAUAAGCAGUUGAUGCUGGAAUGGGUGCAAGUCACUGAUCACUUGUAUUAAUUUCGUACAGGCAGUCAGUACUCUGUUGAAGCUCGGAUCAUAUCCACGCCUUUGGACACCAUGAAAAUCUAUGCCGUAUCGGAUGGACCUCCCUCGUUGGCGGUCCGUAUGGCCCUCAAAGCGCUAGACAUUGCUCACGAACAUGUCCCCGUCGACUACGGCAAGGGAGAGCACAUGACGGAGGACUAUGCCAAGAUGAAUCCACAAAAGGAAAUCCCGGUCUUAGAUGACGAUGGGUUCUUCUUGAGUGAAAGCAAUGCCAUUCUACAGUAUCUAUGCGACAAGUACGCUCCGGACAGUCCCCUGUAUCCUAAGGAUCCCAAGGAGCGUGCCCUGGUCAAUCAUCGCCUUUGCUUCAAUUUGUCGUUUCUGUACCCGCAGAUAUCGGCUUAUGUGAUGGCACCGAUUUUCUUCGAUUACGAGCGGACUCCGAUGGGGCUGAAGAAGCUGCACAUUGCUUUGGCCGCUUUUGAGACCUACAUGAGCCGCUUGGGAAGUAAGUUUGCCGCUGGAGAUCAUCUCACGAUUGCGGAUUUCCCAUUGGUCACAUCUGUGAUGUGCUUGGAAGGAAUCAAUUUCAACAUCGAUCAAUACCCGCUGGUGAAGGCAUGGUAUGCCAACUUUAAGCAACAAUAUCCCGAGCUAUGGGCCAUUUCCGCUGUGGGAAUGGCGGAAAUUACUGAAUUCGAGAAGAAUCCUCCAGAUCUAUCAGGCAUGGAGCACCCAAUUCAUCCCAUCAAAAAAGUUAAGAAAUGAUUUGUCAAAAAUUUGUGUCAGAAAGUGCCUUAUUUUUACACCAUACUUUAAAAGUAUUUUAAUCCAAUCAAGGAUAUGUGGAAUACGUUUUACGUAAUAAAGGACCAGUGUCUAAAACUU